AUGGCCUGGGUACAUAACCUCCACGCCGUCGACCCCAAAAGCCACAUCGAACGCGACAUCGCCAUCUGUUUGAUCUUCUCGACCCUGGCGUUCGUGGCGGUCGGCGUGAGAUUCUGGAUCCGGUUGCAGAUGAACCGAUUGCCCUGGGCAGAUGACUUUGCGGCGUUGUCGAGUGCUGUUUUGGGGGCUGCUUAUACCGGGAUUGCUGUUGGUCAAACGCGAUGGGGUCUAGGGACCAGCGCUGCUUAUUUUCCUGUUGAGAAUGCGGUGCCGUUUUCAAAGGUUCAAUAUGCCGGCGGCCCGGUCUACACGCUCGCUCUCCUCGGGUUCAAAGUCUCCUUGCUGGCGUCGUAUCUCCGCAUCGGGGGCUUCAUUCGACCCUACAAGGUGGUUAUCGUCGUUGUGAUCAUCGCCGUCGUGUGUAACCAAAUGAUCUUUACGUGCUUGUUGUUGUUUGCUUGUAGUCCAAUCCAAAAACAGUGGGAUAUGAUGGUCCCCGGGAAUUGCAUCAACACUAUCGCUUCUUAUUACGCCCUGGCGGGAACUAGUCUCGGCUUCGACUUGAUCAUCAUCGCGCUGCCAUUGCCGGUGCUGUGGCGGUUGCAUUUAAGGUUGAGACAGAGGAUCGCCCUCGUAGCCAUCUACGCCCUCGGAUUCUUCAUCACCGUCAUCCAAAUCAUCCGCAUCUUCACCAUCAAAGCCCUAGAGACCUACACGGACAGCGAACCGAUCGUGAUGUGGUCCAGCGUGGAGAUAAGUCUUGGUGUAAUCAUCUCCUGCGUCCCCACCUACGGCACAUACUUCCACACCUUCGCGACAAACGUCAACGCCUACUGGCGCCGACACAGCAGCACCUUCACGUGGAAGUCGGAUCGAUCGAAUUCGCACAGCGGGCCUAGUGGGAAUGGGAAGGAGAAUUCACAUUCGAAACGGAGCUCGAACUCAGGCUCGCAAGGUACGACGCAUACUACUGCCACGACUACGACGAUUGGGAGUGGUGGGUCGAGGAAGGAGAGGGAUACUAUGGUGCCGGAGAUGGGGUUGGCGAGUUUUGACUGUAAUGAGUUUGUUUAA